CGAAGCUGCUGCUAACUGCCUAGCAGAAGACAGCUCGCGCGCUCGACGCGACUGUUGUACUCCUUUUUACUGGAUAUAUAUAUACCGAAUUGUUGUACGCACGUUUCUAUACGUUGUCGCGAGUAUAUCAUAGCGAUUUGCAUCGGAAAAGCUGCUGCACCUUCGAGUAAUAAUAAGGCGAGUGCCGUUCGAGUGCACGCAAACCCAACGAGUCGAGUGCGGAGACUGGGUAUAGAGUAACCGCAAAGUAUGUGCCUGCGCCGCCGCCGUAUACAUAGCACAACACGAUCAGCAUAAAACUGCUGCUGCUGCUGCACGACCAAGACUCGGCCGCGGGUCGAGCGCCGAGGAGAGGGCUUCUUAUAUAACGCGUGUGUAUAUACUCGUCGUCCUGCCUGUGUGUGUGUAUAUAUACCUAUAUAGCGAAAGCAGCCAUUGGCUGCAUCAUGCGGUAUUAUUACUUUUUUUUCUCGCGUGCGUAAUAAUAGCCAUUAUAGACGCGCCGAUGCCGCGACUGGAAGGUACAUACGCCUCGUAUUGUAUAUAGUAUUGCUGCACCGCCGCUCGUCUCGUUUAUAUAUACCCGUCCAUCGUCGUCGGCUAUUGCGAGCGAUGCAGCUUUUAUAAUGAUAAUCGACGUUGUUGCGCUACAACGACGACGACGACGACGACGACGACGUCGACACCACAUUCACCAUCACCAUCGUCAUCAUCGUCGAAUGGAUGCAGCAGCAGCAGCAGCAUCGCAGCUGAAUAAGAAUAUUAUAGAUGCAAAAAAGGCGUCGUCCGGAUUUUGUACUGGUGAUAUUCUCUUGUAAAUAAAAACAAUCUGUUUCGAUGAUCGCGUAUACUAACUGUGCUACUCCUCGUCUUUGACAGCUCUCUCUCUCUUUCGGUUCUGUAAUCGAAAAACUGCCUGGAGCUGUUCAACGCAAUUAAUAGAAUCAAUUUUGAGAAGCGACACUGCGACUACUGCUCUCGCGAUGGCUUGCAAGGAGAUGAUGAUAGUGUUCGUUUACGACACCGCAAGGUGUUGUAAAGAAGAAGAUGAUCCAGCCGAUGCUCUUGUGUACUUUCAUCCAGCAUGGGUUUCUCCGACACAAAGAUUGGCAUUGGCUAGUCAGUUGAUGGGCGUGCAACAAUUCUUAUCCACAAAUUUCUCUCCACCGUCUAUGAUUACAUUGCAAGGAGGAAAAUUUGUUCUGAGGAGGUUUAAGAGCUACACAUUGGCAGUAGGAACGGAUAGAAACAUACAAGACUGGAUUCUGAAGCGGCGUGCUGUCAUAUUAGAUUCAUUGCUCAAAUUUUUCCACUGUGAUUUUGAUACGAUAUCAGCAUCAUUCAAUAACGAUAGAAAUAAAUUUACAGAAAAGUUGUAUCAAAUAUUUGAAACGUACUUGCCAAUUUUGCAAUAUAGUGCCAAUUUAUUUGCAAAUCUUCCACUGCUAAAACUUCCUAGGAGCGCGAGCAAUGUAUUUUUGGAGGCAAUGCAGAUCAUUCAGUACUGCCAGGAGACUAACGGUAUUCUCGGUGGUGCUCUUUUUUACAACAACAAAGUCGUCGCUUCGCAAUUAAAUACCGCGUUGGCCAAGCAGUUAGUCAUAACCGAUCCUUACAGAAUAAAGGCACCAGCGGACAGGGUGGCGACGAAUUUUCAGCUGCCCGCCGGCGUCCAGUUGCUGCGCGUCUUCAUCGAGCAGAAGCAGCUGUCGCGCAUGAUCGUCGACGCGAAUCUGGAGCGCGGCCACAGCGCGAAUCUCGACUCGGCGACGACGAGGAAAGCCAACAACACGAAAAAGAAAGCUGGAUCGAAGGAAGCCCAGCAACAGCAACAAUCCUCGCAACAGCAGCAGCAGCAACAGCCGCCACCGCCCAUCUCGAUGAUGAAGAGGGACACGUCGAGGAUCUUCACCGUGCCCGAGGACGCCGAGCUCGACGCGACCCACUACAACAUGACGCAAUGCAUACCGUCGUUGCAUCACGCCGCGUCGUACAAUUCGCCCUCGAAGCGCGCCAAAGAGAGCACCAACAGCGGUAGCGGUAGCGGCGGCAGCGGAACCGAGCCCGCGAGCAACGGCAAGCCCAAGUACGUUCACCCGCUGACGCCGAGCGUCUGCUCGACCCCGCUCAAGGACGUGAAUCGGGUGCUGCACGACUUCGUCGUGUCGAUAUGCGCCACCAGCGAGGAGAACGAGAAUCCGGAGGCCACGACGACGACGACGACGACGACGACGACAGGUCACGCGGACGAAGCCGAUGCUGCCCAGGGAAAGUGUAGCGACGUCGACGAUAUACCGGACGUGGUGAAGGAGGCGCUGCGACAGAAGCGCAUGAACAAGCUGCGCCAGACCCAGCCGAGGGAGCAGCUGAUGCUCCGAGCCAGAGAGCGAAACGUCGUGAGCCUGAGCCUGACGAAUCUCGUCGAGCAGCAGCAGCUGCACCACGACGGCCGCGAGACGGCGGCAAAGUCGACGAGAAACAUGUCGUCGUGCCCGGUCGUGCUGAGGAGCUACGGCAUCGGUAUGCCGAAGAUGAAUUUCGACGAGGACGACGACGAGACGGCAGCGUCGCGCUCCACGAAGAAACAACGAGGAGGAGGCAGACGCAGGGUUUACAACACGAUCGCCGAUCCGUUUCAUUUGGUCUUUCGCAGUGACGGGCUGCCGGUGUCGCGCGCCCUCUACGACGACUACAUAGCCAGCCAUUACAAAGAGCUCGAUCGAACGGCUUGCCGAUCGGAGUUGGCAGCGACGAGCAGCAGCGGUGCUCCUCCCGCCACGACCACCCGCAUCAUCGCAUCGACGGCGUCGUCGUUGCCGAAUCCAAAGUCCGUCGCCGAGAGCGACAGCGAGAAGGAUAAAUCGGCCAAAUCGGCGGCGGCGGCGGCUCUCGACGCGAAGAAGAGCCGACAGGAGUCGUGCAAGCGCUCGAUGAGUCUGCCACUCAAACCGCUGAGCAGCCUGACCGCCGAUCAGGACGACGACGACGCCUCCGCCGGCAAUCCGAGGCGCAAAUCCGCCUGCUCGUCCGAGAGCAGCGGCGUGUUCGAGCUGGGGGGUGGGCCGCCGACGGGCGGUGGUCGGCGAGCCAAGCUCGAGGGCCUCCAGCUGACGCCGCUCAUGUCGAAGCUCAGCCUGCUGGCCGACGAGCGCACCAGCGGCUUUUGCAGUCGCGACACGACCCCGAGCGAGUUUCGCGAUCCUCUCUCGUCCACGUACUCGCUGGUGAGCAGCAGCGCGGCCCAGCAGGCGGUGCGCUCGAGGCUCGAGGCGCUGCACAAGGAGUGCUGCAGCGACAACGACGACGACGACGAGGAAGAGGAGUCGACGGACAACAACGCCCAGGAGCAGCAGCAGGACGCCGUGUACGAGCGAGCCGAGCUCUUCCUGUGCGGCUAUCAGAACAUGGUCAUGUUUUUGCUGAUGGAAGACGGCACGGGCAACGACGCCGACUUGAUACACGGACUCUGGGAGACUUGCGCGGCCUUGCUGAGUACCCUGGAAUUGAGACUGCAGCAGUGCCUGGAGCAGCCCCUGCCCGCCAACGAGAGCAAGGAAUUGUACAGCGUGCUGAGCGUCGACUCCGAGUGGGACACGACCUACCGAUCGGGCCUGUGGGGCGUCACCGAGCUCGAUCUCGUCUCGUCGAUUCACGACCGUUUCAAGCGCAACAACAACGUCACCGACGUGACCAUCAGAACCGAGGACACGGUCGUCUACGGCAACCGGUGCGGCAAUCACGAGGUGUUUUAUCAGCAAGCCGUGCCGCACAAUACGCUGGGCGGACUGCCGACGCCGGCCGACCUCAUGGGAAUAGUGCCUCUGAAAGCCAAGCGACGCCUCGAGAGAGAUCACUCGAUCGUCAUGCUGUAAACGCGAUGCGCGAUCGAUUCUUUUUUUUUUUUGCUUUUUUUUACAAGGGUGCGUGCAAUAUUUUUCUAGGAUUUUCGUCCUGCUUGCGUACGACAAAUCGAGCAACGGUGUAUUAAUAAUUGAUUAAGGAGGACGAUUGUUGUUUUAAUGCAAAAAGUCCGAUGAUGAAUAACGAGUCUGUCCUUUGUUGUGCAAUUGAAACGUCCUCAGUGUAGUAUGUAUAACGUCCAAGGAAAGUACUUAUUGUAUUGUGUAUAUAGAUGUUCGUUGUGAAUGUAAUAUGAUGUAAUGAGAAAAGAACGUUUUUUAAUUAUGUAUCGCGACGGUAUAUAUUUUUACUUCUCAUUGUUUGGAUAUCGCGCAAAUCGUAGCGUAUAAUGAUAUAUUAUUAGAAAAAUAAGUGGUCGUUCCGUUAUAACGAUAAAAUUGUUUGUUAUUGUGCUAUUGUUUAAUGAAUUCUCGAUGUUAGCGAUGUUUUUUAAUCAUUCCGAUUUGUAAUAGAUUAUAAUUAAUUAUUCUUUUUUAUGUAUUUUUAAUAUAGGACGUAAUUUAAAAAUAAAUAAGCAGCGGCGAACGUAGAUUUAAAAUUUAUUAGGGCUAAGCAUUUUAUCAUUUGUUAUAUUUUUAUUGAAAUUAACGUUACUUUGGUUAAUCAAACGAUUAACGAUUUGCCAUAAAUUUCACUGAAACUCAUGUGUUUUGAGUUUUAGAUGUAGAAUUGAUCAAAAUCAAUAAAUCUCAAUGUAUGAAUUUUCUAAAAAUGUUUAGCAAUCUUUAAAAAAAUACAAACUAGAUGAAAAUUUGCUUUAAAAAAACAGAUAAUAUGUUGAGCAUUCAAACUGCUGAAUUUAUUUGAAGAUAAACUAUGAAAAUUACAAUAGCGAAAAAUUGAGAAAACGCUUUAAGUAACGAAAUAGAUGCGUUCUUGAAUAUAAUAUAAUAGUUCAAACUAAUUCAAUACACUUUAUGUGGACCAGCGCAGACGAUUCAUUCUGUGAUCACAUCGACUAUUGUUAUCGUCAAAAAUUGCCAAAAUAGUCGUGCAUCUCACUAUCACGUGUACUUACGCUUGCUUCUUUGCAAUAAAAAUAUUUUUGCCAUUUCUCGUAUUUUUAAUAAAGCCGAAGAACGAGUUUAUGCCGAUCGUUACGGACGAAGUGAGAAACAUUUGAUAAAAAAAAAAAAAAAAAAAAAAACAGAUCGAAUAAAUAAUUGAUGAAGCAUUUUGAAUUCACUUGCAUUUCGUAUUUAUACGAUGAUUUCGCAUUUCGACAAAAUCAUAUCACGUGUAAUAAAGUGUAAAUUUUUUCAACGAUAGAAAUCUCAUGUGGUAUUUACAUAUUAAAUAACAAAUCGUCAUAUCCAGUAAUAUAAAAAUAAAAGUAACGUAAACACUAAUGUUCUUAAAGUAAAGUAAUAGACUAAUCAAGUGUACAUAAGAAAAAGUAACGAUCUAUUUUUGUUGAAAAUAUUUCUCCAUACUUCAAUUGGACAGCCGUCACGUAUUGUCAUUCCACUGAUCAGUAUUGUAUAAGAAAUCGCUGUUAUUUUUAAUUUUUUCGUACGUUGCGAGCCAUGAACCAACGAAAUUAUAUUGUAAUUGUCCAACGGAUAAAAAAAACUUCAUCGUCGUUUGUAUCACAGCAACAAUAAAAGAAAAAUUGAAACAA